UUUACUCUCUCCCUCUUCGAUGGGUAUGUGUCUGUGCGUCCACAAAAACACACAGACCACUCUACUUGAUUCCCCGCCUAAUCCAUUUUGCGCCUUUUGAUUUCUUUGACGAUCCAUCUUCUUCUCCGGUGACGGCAAUCUUUCUGCAUUACCCGCCACCGGAAUCUGUACGUGUACGACUGUGUCCCCUUCCUACAUCUUCUUCUACCUUCAAUCUACGAGUUAGUUUCUUUUACUCAUUCUUGUUAUUCUUGGUGUCUUUGCUCAUUCUUGUUAUUCUUGAUGUAUCGGUAGACGCAUGUGUAAACUUUUCUAUAUGCAUGUCCAUUGGAUCACUAUAGAGGUUCUUGAUGGGGCGCAAGAAGAAAAACAUUGAUCCGCGUUCUAAACAAUCUCCGUCGGUUCGUGGAGUCGCCGUUGAUGCUCCGAGUUUACCAAACGCCGCCGACAAGAGUUCAAUACCUGAUAAGGCAAGUAGUAACAACCAAAGUAGGAUCGAGUCGGUGUCUGUCAAUGAAUCGGAUGGCUUCUCUUAUUCCACAAUUAAACUCGAAUGCGAGCGGGCUCUUAACGUGCUUCGGCGCGGGAACCACUCUAAGGCACUCAGGCUUAUGAAGGAGUUGAACUCCAAGAUUAAUAACUCUGUUCACUCUGCAUUGAUUCAUCGGGUUCAAGGUACUAUUUGUGUCAAACUAGCAUCGGUUAUUGAGGACGUGAAUACGAAGCAGCGGCAUUUGAAGAAUGCGAUUGAGUCUGCUCGUAAAGCAGUCGAGCUCUCACCAAACUCGAUUGAGUUUUCCCAUUUUUAUGCAAAUUUGCUUUACGAGGGUGCAAAUGAUGCUAGGGAGUACGAGGAGGUGGUGCAAGAGUGUGAGCGGGCCCUUGGCAUUGAAAAUCCAAUCGAUCCCGCUAAAGAAAGCUUGCAGGAUGAAAAGGAUCAGAAAAUACCUACUCCAGAAGCGCGAAUUACACACGUUCAGACUGAAUUGAGGCAUUUAGUUCAAAAAUCAAACAUAUACUCGAUAUCAUCUUGGAUGAAGAACUUGGGUAAUGGGGAGGAGAAAUUUAGGUUGAUUCCGAUUAGAAAAGUGACCGAGGACCCAAUGGAGGCAACGUUGGUUCAGGCUAAGAGGGCAAAUGAAAUCAAGAAGGCAACGAAAACGCCUGAGGAGCGAAGGAAGGAGAUUGAAGUCCGUGUUGCUGCUGCAAGGCUGUUGCAACAGAAGUUUGAGUCGCCUCAAAUGCAAAACGAAGGAGGUAAAGCUGAUCGGACCCUGGAUUCAUCUUCAGGGUCUAGUACAAAAGUUGGUGAGCGGCGAAAACACGCCAAUGUGCGGAAACAUGGCUCUUCACGUGAAAGUAGGGAUUGGGUUUAUUCUUUUUGGAAUUCCAAGAGUACAGAAUCAAAGAAAGAGUUGCUUAAGAUCAAGAUAAGUGAUCUUAAGACUCAUUUUAGUUCUUCAAAGGAUACCUUGGCAAAUGAAGUUAUUUCAGAAGCUGUGUCCUUUUAUGAUGCCAAUAAAACAUGGAAUUUUUUGGUGUGUUGCAAAUGUGAUGAGAAAUUUGUGUAUCCGGAAUCCCAUAUGCAUCAUGUGCUUCAAGAGCACAUGGGUAACCUUUUGCCGAAAAUGCAAUCUAUCAUGCCACAGAAUGUUGACAAUGAUUGGAGUCAAAUGCUUCUUAAUUGCUCUUGGAAACCAUUUGAUGUUUCAGCUGCAGCUAAAAUACUCAUAGGUCAAACAAAAUGCAAUGACUCGGAGUUGGUUAAGGAUAUCGGCUUACAGCAUCACUCAGAAUGUGAAGAGUCUCUCAAAGAUGCAUGUGAUUCAUCUCCAGAGAAGCAUAAUCAUGGGCAUGGUUUAAAUGAAUUCAAGCUUUAUGAAAAAAUUAGCAACAGCGGAUUUGCAUUAUCUGAUAGUUUUCCAGUAUCUGAUGACUCUGAGCGAACUAGGCUUCUUGAAAAAAUUCAUGCGGUAUUUGAGUUACUCAUUGGACAUAAAUGCCUUGCUGCAAGCCAUCUAAACAAGGUGAUACAAUUUGCAAUGGAUGAGUUACAGGGCAUUGUUUCUGGAUCUCAUUUUCUAAAGCGGGGUCUGGACCAAACACCUCUAUGCAUUUGCUUUCUGGGCGCUUCUCAGCUUGGAAAAAUCCUCAAGUUCUUGCAAGAAUUAUCUCAGUCUUGUGGUAUUGGUAGAUACUCUGAUAAAAGUACUGGUCAAGUUGAAGAUCCAGAGAGUGAUAAACAAGCUGUUGAUGUCAAAGAGAAAGUUGUUCUCAAUGGAGAUGCGUCACUUCUCCUCCUAAACGAGUGUUUUCUGUCGUCUGAUAUCCCUCAUGCCAAUGAUCAGGUUGCAGCCACAGAUCAUAUGCCUGCUGCAACUGUUAAAGAUGCUACUGCAAAUGAGGUUCUUUCUGAUGUCGAUUCUUUCCUAUCUUGGAUAUAUGCAGAUCCCUCUAAUGGGGAACAGGUAGCAUCAUGGACAAAAACAAAGGAAGAAAAGACAAAACAACAAUUGGAAAUUUUUCAAAUGCUUGAGAAGGAAUUUUACCUUCUGCAGAACCUUUGUGAGAGAAAAUGUGAGCAUUUGAACUAUGAGGAAGCGUUGCAGUCAGUAGAGGAUCUAUUCUUUGAGGAGAGCAAGAAGGAGGAAGCUACGGCUGAAUUUAUCCCCAAGAGUUAUGUGUCAGUCCUGAGGAAGCGAAGAGAGGAGCUUCUUGAGACUGAGAAUAAUGUGAUGUAUAUCGGCAGUAGGUUUGAGUUAGAUGUUGUAACUAAUAUUUUGAAAGAAGCUGAAGCUCUGAAGGUUAAUCAAUUUGGAUAUGAGGAAACUGUUGCCAAUGUGCCUUCUCAGUCAUGUGAUCUGGAAUCUGGUGAAGAUGAAAAUUGGAGGGCUAAGGGUUAUUUGCAUCAAGUUGAUACUUGUAUAGAAAUUGCAAUAAAGAGACAGAAAGAACAAUUAUCUAUUGAGGUUAGCAAAAUCGAUGCACGUAUCAUGCGGAAUGUUUCUGGAAUGCAACAGAUGGAACUUAAGCUCGAGCCUGUUUCAGCACAUGAUUAUCAAUCAAUAUUGUUGCCUCUUGUGAACUCAUACUUGAGGGCAUAUUUAGAAGAUUUGGCUGAAAAAGAUGCUACGAAGAAGUCUGAUGCUGCAAGAGAGGCAUUUUUAGCUGAACUGGCACUGGAUUCAGAAAAAGGUAUCAAAGGAGGAAGUGAUAAUUCGAGACAUGCACAUGAAAAGCCAAAGGAAAAGAAAAGGAGCAAGGAGUUUAGGAAAUCCAAGGACUCUAAGGUGGUCAGUGGUCCUGAGCAGAAUGUGCUUCAUGAUGGGGCUGUCGAUGGAGUUCCCGUUCAAGUUUCACCUGAUGGUGAUGUGGCAAAGGUAGACGUUGCUGCUUUUGAGAACUCUGAUGCUUUAAGACUACAGGAGGAAGGGCUUAGACGCAAAAUUGAGCUGGAAGCAGAUGAAAGAAGGUUAGAAGAGGCUCUGGAGUAUCAAAGACGGGUUGAGAAUGAGGCUAAACAAAAGCUUCUGGCUGAACUACAAAAGAAAUCUGCCCAGACAAAUCUAGAGGACAAAGUUGCUCUGGCAGAACAUGAUAAUCCCAUUGAACUCGUCCCCAGUGUUGAGGGUGCUGAAGAGCAUUUUAAACCCACUGUUGUGGAUCAAUUGGCAGAAAGUGAAUCGAUUCCCGGCUUGUCUAGGAAUUUUCCUGCAAUGCCAAAUGCUGUUUCAGGUUCAUACAAUGCAGGAAUUGUAGAGAAUACCCCACCGCCUUCUGAUAGGAAGAAGGGGAGGAAAGGUAGACGACACAAGGUUGCAAUCAAACGAGUUGAUGGAAAUCAGCCUUCACAAUCUUAUAAUGAUAAUGUAGCCUUUGACAACCAAUUGAAUGAGCAAGUCAGAGAUCAUGACAAUCUCGUAGUAGAUAGUGAAAAUGGCACAAAGACUUUGGGACAACAACAUGCGGAGGAUGAUGAGGAAAGAUUUCAAGCUGACCUUAAGAAGGCUGUACGCCAGAGCCUUGAUGCAUUUCAAGAACAGCAGGAAUUGCCCUUGAUUACAAGUUCCAGUACACCAUCGAUCAGCUGUGGUGAAGUAGAUGGUAAUGAUCUUCCAUCAAAUGAACUCAACGUAGAGAAUGUGCAGGAAGAAGAUGUAUUUGGUACAGGACUUAAAAAUGAAGUUGGUGAAUAUAAUUGCUUUCUGAAUGUGAUUAUUCAGUCCUUAUGGCAUUUAAGACGGUUUCGAGAAGAGUUCCUGAGAAGAUCUACGACUGAACAUGUUCAUGUUGGGGAUCCUUGUGUUCUUUGUGCAUUAUAUGAAAUCCUUGCUGCCUUGAGCACGGCAUCUGCAGAUGCUAGAAGAGAAGCAGUCGCCCCCACUUCUUUGAGAAUAGCUCUGAGCAAUUUUUGUCCUGAUAGUAAUUUCUUCCAAGAGGGCCAGAUGAAUGAUGCCUCUGAAGUGCUAGCAGUCAUUUUUGAUUGCCUACACAAGUCGUUGACUCGUAGUUCGAGUGUUUCUGAUACAGAAUCAGUGGAAAGCAAUUGCAUGGGGUCGUGGGACUGUGCAAGUGACACUUGUUUGGUUCAUUCCAUCUUUGGUAUGGACAUUUUUGAACGAAUGAAUUGCUAUAGUUGUGGCCUGGAAUCUAGACAUCUGAAGUACACUUCCUUCUUUCACAAUAUAAAUGCCCAUGCCCUUCGAACAAUGAAGGUUAUGUGUACAGAAAGCUCCUUUGAUGAACUUCUGAAUGUUGUUGAAAUGAAUCAUCAGCUAGCUUGUGAUUUGGAUGUUGGUGGCUGCGGAAAGCUCAAUUACAUUCAUCGAUUUCUCUCUGCAGCACCACACGUGUUCACAACAGUCUUGGGUUGGCAGAACACUUGUGAGAGUGCUGAUGACAUCACAGCGACAUUAGCUGCUCUGAAUACUGAAGUAGAUAUCAGUGUUCUUUAUCGGGGUCUAGAUCCAAAUAUUACCCAUAAUUUAGUAUCAGUGGUUUGCUAUUAUGGUCAACACUAUCAUUGUUUUGCCUACAGUCACGACAAGAAAUGCUGGAUAAUGUACGAUGAUAAAACUGUUAAGGUAAUUGGCGGCUGGCCUGAUGUUCUUACCAUGUGCGAAAAAGGACACUUGCAACCUCAGGUUCUUUUCUUUGAAGCUGUAAAUUAGCGAUGUUUUGGAACUUUCUCCUUAGCCGUACUGGUGGAAAGUGGUUUACAUUUGAUUUCUGUCUUGGCAAGGAGUCGUUUUAGAGAAGACUUGCCAUGUACAUCCACAGAAUUCAGACAGUACGUAUAAAUAUUGGUUUGUGAAGAAAAUUUUGAUCGGGUCAUAGCAUAGAUCUUUGAGUUUUCUGAUACAAUCGACGAAUUUUUUGGGAAGAUCUGGCCCUCGAGGAGAAAAAAUAUUGUAAGUAUGAUAGAUUUCUUCUAAAUUGAGGGGGAGCCAGAUGAUUGGAGAGCCUAAUGGGAAGAUCUGCCCCUGGAAUUCCUUUUUGGCUUUGAUCCUUUAAAUAAGGAACGAUAUUAAAUGGGGUGAUCUCUUGUUAUAUCUUACUUGAGAGGUGUCUUAGAUGUUGUAUAGUUCCAAUUAAAUGCGCUCAGGCCUCCAGCUAUUGUCACUCAAAUAUUUUGUAAUCCAGAUUUUGGCGAUGAAUAUGAACCAAUCUUCAGGUUCUUUAUUCUGGAUUAUUUCAAGUUGCUGAAAAAUAGAGUCUGUCAAUGCAUGGAUAGUUUUAUUUAA